AUGGAGUGCCUGAGCAAAAUUAAUCUCAUACAGAAGGUAAACGCGGAGCUUUACAAAAGCCUGGGGGUAGAGGAUGACAACUUAGCAGAAUAUUUAAUCUACUUGUGUAAAAAAGCCAAAUCGCUAGAAGAGUUUUGCAAAGAUGUGUUUGAAAAUGGAGGAGAAAUUGAGCAGUCUGUGCUGAAGUACCUGUACGAUAUUAUUAAGGUCCCCGUUGGGGAAUUGGGGGGCAAGUCGUCAUCCGGGGGGAAGGAAAACAGGAGAGAUGAUGACGAGGAGGAAGAACAGGAUGGAGUGGAUAAGGAGAGAAGAAUGGAGAUUAAAAUGAUAGAGAAGAAAAACGAGAAGAUGAAGAAGUUCCACUGCUUGACCAUCAAGAACGACGAGCAGUUGACCAGGCUGUCCGAGGGGAGCGGCGCGGAGGGGGGUAGCGACACUGCCACGGGCGGGGGGCGCCCCCUGGAAAAAAGAGGCCGCCACCAGGAUGGGCAGAAGCACCGGGAUGGGAAGCACCACCCGGAUGGGCAGAAGCGUCGGGAUAGGGACCACAGCCAAGAUGGAAGCCAUAUCCGUAAUAAGGACCGACAUGGGGACCGCCACCGGGAUAGAAGCCACAGCCGGGAAGGGGGCCGCCGUCGUGAUAGAAGCCACAGCCGGGAUAGAAGCCGCCAUCGUGAUAGAAGCCACAGCCGGGAAGGGGGCCGCCACCGCGAUAGAAGCCGCCAUCGUGAUAGAAGCCUCCACCUGGAGGGGGAGCGCAAAAGAAGGAGACUCGAAGGGGCGGACGCGCGCGCGUUACGAGUGAAUAACAUUUUCAAUGGAACGGUGAGCAAAAUUAUGGAUUUUGGAAUUUUCGUCUCCUUCCGAACAGAGCCAGGAGGAUAUAAGGAAGGGUUAGUGCACUGUACGGAUAUAUUACCAAAUAGAAAGAGAGUAGUGAACAUGAAUGAGAAAUUCCAAAAAGGAAUGAAAGUGAAGGUAAAAGUGAAGGCAAUAUUUGGAGAAAAAAUAAACCUAAACAUGUCAGAAGUGGAUCAAAAGACAGGAAAGAAUAUCGUAAGUGACGAUGAGGAUGAUAGAGAUGAAGGAGGAAAUUCACAUAAGACAGGAAAAGAAAAAAACCAAAAUAUGAUAUCCAUAUUUGACGACCUACAUGAAGACUAUAAAGAGUUGAAGAAAUACAACUCUGAUGUAUUUAAUGAAGAUCCAAAGGAUACAAUAAAAUACGAAAGUGUUAUAAAAAUGCAAAGUGAUUACUCCAAGUGGGAAAUUCAGCAGCUAAUAAAAGGUGGCAUUAUGUAUGAUGAUCAAUUAAAAAGGGAAUAUAAAAAUAUACGAAAUGAUGAAAAAAUUGAAGAUGAAGAAGAAAUUAUUGAAAUUGAAGUGAAUGAAAGGGAGCCAGCAUUUUUGAAAGGACAAACAACAAAAGCAGGGGCUAAAUUGUCACCCAUACAAGUUAUUGUUAAUGCAGAAGGGUCGCUAGCUAGGGCCAUAACUACUACCUCUGCUUUGGCCAAAGAAAGGAAGGAACAAAAACAAAAUGAACAGAACGCCAUUUAUGAUAGCAUUCCAAAAGACAUUAGUAGACCAUGGGAAGAUCCUAAACCUGAGUUGGGAGAAAGAACCAUAGCAGAGGCUUUAAAAAAUAUUGGCAAAAAUUAUGACCUCCCUGAAUGGAGAAAAAACUACCUACACAAUAACAUCUCUAUUGGGGUUAAAAAUCCGAUGCCUGUAAAUGAGCAGAGAGCAAAGCUGCCAAUUUACCAUUUGAAAAAGGACUUAAUGAAAGCAAUUGCUAAAAAUAAUGUCCUUAUAGUCAUUGGAGAAACGGGGAGUGGGAAGACAACCCAAAUUCCUCAAUACUUACAUGAAGCCAACUACACGGAUAAGGGCAUCGUUGGGUGUACGCAGCCGAGAAGAGUUGCUGCGAUGUCCAUUGCCAAACGAGUGAGUGAAGAGUUUGGGUGCAUUUUGGGUCAGGAGGUUGGUUACUCCAUCCGUUUUGACGACUGCACUUCGAACGACACCAUUAUAAAGUACCUCACCGAUGGUAUGCUCCUGCGGGAGACCCUCAGCGAUACGAUGCUCUCCAAGUACUCCUUCAUCAUACUUGAUGAAGCCCAUGAGCGGACCAUCUCAACGGAUAUCCUCUUCUGCCUUUUGAAGGACGUCGUCAAGAGGAGGCCCGACUUCAAGCUGAUCGUGACGUCCGCCACGCUGGAUGCAGAGAAAUUUUCCACCUACUUCUUCAACUCGCCCAUUUUUACCAUCCCGGGGAAGAUUUUUCCAGUGGAGAUUCUGCACUCGAAGGAACCCGAAAGCGACUACGUGGAGGCCUGCCUGAUCACCGUCCUCAACAUCCACCUGAACGAGCACCCGGGGGACAUCCUCGUCUUCCUAACGGGCCAGGACGAAAUCAACACAGCGUGUGAAAUCCUGCAUGAGAGAAUGAAGAAGCUGGAGAGUAUGUCCCCCCCGCCGUUGAUCAUAUUGCCGAUCUAUUCAUCCCUCCCCUCAGAGAUGCAAAGUGUUAUAUUCGACCCGGCCCCACAGGGGUGUAGAAAGUGCGUCCUAGCAACCAACAUAGCAGAAGCUAGUUUAACUAUAGAUGGAAUUUUCUUCGUAAUCGAUCCAGGAUUUUGUAAAAUAAGGAAAUAUGACUCUAAGAGGGAUAUGGAUUCUUUAGUGGUCGCACCAAUCUCGAAAGCGAAUGCGAAGCAGAGAGCAGGAAGAGCAGGUAGAACAGGUCCAGGUAAAUGCUACCGCUUAUACACAGAAGACGCAUAUAAAAACGAAAUGGCAGAAACGAGUAUCCCAGAAAUACAAAGAAUAAAUUUAGGCAGUACAGUACUUUUAUUAAAGGCAUUAGGAGUUAAUGAUUUCCUUCACUUUGAUUUUAUGGACUCUCCAUCAGUUGACACACUUAUCCAUUCUUUGGAAAAUUUAUACUACCUGGGAGCUUUAGAUGACAACGGGUACUUAACCAAGUUGGGAAAAAAAAUGUCAAAUUUUCCGAUGGAACCAAACCUAUCUAAAAUAUUAUUGACAUCGAUAAAUUUUAAUUGUGCAGAUGAUGUUGUUACCAUAGUUAGUAUGCUGAGUGUUCAAAAUAUUUUUUAUAGACCUCAAAAUAAGGCCCUACUAGCUGAUAAAAAAAAAAAUAAAUUUUUGAUGCCACAAGGUGAUUUAAUUACUUAUCUUAAUAUAUACAAUAAAUGGAGAGAAAAUAAUUACUCUAAUUAUUGGUGUCAUGAAAAUUUUAUACAUUCGAGGGCAUUGAAAAGGUCACAAGAUGUGAGGAAACAGAUUCUUUCUAUAUUCGAGAGGUAUAAUUAUGAGGUGGAAAAGAAUCGAAGUAGGAAUGACUCCGCUAAGUAUGUAAGUAUUUGUAAAAGCAUUUGCUCGGGGUACUUUAGUCAUGUUUGUAAAAGGGAUGCUCAGCAAGGGUAUACUACUCUUUUGACAAACCAACAAGUUUUUAUCCAUCCUUCUUCCACUCUGUUCAACAAGAACCCACUGUUCGUUGUAUACCAUGAGUUAGUUCUCACAAACAAGGAAUACAUUCGAGACUGCACUAUUAUACAACCCCAGUGGCUGAUUCAGCUGGCGCCCAAUUUGUUCAUCCCUGCUGAUGAGAAGAAAAUCUCCAAAAUUAAGCUACGCGAGAAGAUCGAGCCUCUGCACAAUUACUAUGAGGAACCCAAUGCGUGGCGGCUCUCCAGGCGCAAGGGCUAG